ACACACACCCACACACACAGAGGUCUUCCACUUGGCAGGGAUGGAGGCUUUGCCUCCCAGCUCCAUUGUGUUUCUUUACUUAUUCAGGAGGUUUUAGGUUACUGGAGGAUAGAAGUCAUCCCAUGAGCCUGUUCCUGUGUUCACGCGUGUUCUUUAUGACGUAGCAGCCGCUGAGGCUGCUUUGACAAGUUUUCUGAGGACAGAAUGAGAAGGCAGAGGCGAGUGGAAAAUGAAAGAGGGACACGAGAUUCUCCAGGCUGUUUAAACUGCAAACUUUCCUUCUGAUCUCCUGUUGGUGGGACAAAUCUAGUGUUUGAGAGACGUCUCAGCUCCAGGGAAGUGCUCCGAGUCCCCGGCAGCAGCAGCAGGGAUGAACUGGUCCGGGCUGGAGAGCCUGGUGAGCGGAGUUAAUAAAUAUUCCACAGCGUUCGGGAGGAUCUGGCUCUCCAUGGUGUUUGUGUUCCGAGUUCUGGUGUUUGUGGUGGCGGCGCAGAGGGUGUGGGGAGACGAGAACAAGGACUUUGUGUGCAACACCAAACAGCCUGGUUGCACCAACGUCUGCUAUGACCACAUCUUCCCCAUCUCCCACAUCCGUCUGUGGGCGCUGCAGCUCAUCUUCGUCACCUGCCCAUCUCUGAUGGUGAUGGCUCACGUUAAAUACCGUGAAGGGAAGGACAAGAAGUAUGUGGAGCUGCACCAAGGCUCACAUCUGUAUGCCAACCCAGGCAAGAAGAGAGGGGGCCUGUGGUGGACGUACCUGCUGAGUUUGGUCUUCAAGGCUGGGUUUGACACCUCAUUCCUCUACAUCCUGUAUCGGAUCUACCACGGAUACGACCUCCCUAAGUUGUCCAAGUGUUCACUGGACCCGUGUCCCAAUACCGUAGAUUGCUUUAUCAGUCGUCCAACAGAGAAGAAGAUCUUCAUGCUGUUCAUGGUCGUGUCCAGUGCUCUCUGCAUCUUCAUGUGCAUUAUGGAGAUGAUGUAUCUGAUCGGAAAACGCAUCAUCAAGGUGCUGAGGAUCCAACACAACAACGAGAGGCUUACGUUCGCCAACCAUCAGGAGUCCGCCACGGUGGUCCCUCAUCAGUCUCAGCAUCGCCGGAUCGAUCCGACGCUGGCAGAGAGCCAGCUCAGCCUGAACCGGAGGGAGAAGCUGGGACAGAAGACCACUUUCUUGUAGGAGACACUGAAUCACACCGCUAUGAGUGCGCAUUCAGAAACAAGAAGUAACUGAUGAAUCAUGAGCUAUGAUCGCGUGCAACGCUGAUGAUUUUACGUCCAAAGAAACGAUCGCCCGACCAUCGGGAAUGAUGACAUUCCGGUCAUGCUGGUUUUCACAGCGUAGGAAUCUGACCAUAGCUGUUUGAGAAGCUGCAGUGAUGUUUAAUUCAGAUCUUCAGAUGGGCCGUCUGAUUUCUGCUUCCAGGAGGACCAAACAGACUCUGCGAUGAGGUAAUGACUACAGACGUCUCACAGCGUUUGUCAUUUGUCAGGCUGAUAUGGUGUCAACUUCUGAUCACUGUCAUUGAACUACUGUCACUGUUUUACUUCAGCUGGGUUCAUCGGGAGCUGGAGGCGGGCUCAAGGAGGAAAACAGCCAAUAAAUAUGUUGUGAGCUCCAUGUUUAAAAUCUCAGAGUUAGCUUCAUUUUUCUCUGAAUAAUUUCAGACAAAAUCCUCCAAAAACCAGAACAACACGAGCUGGUUGGCCCCAAGCCCCCACAAUGCGGGACAGAAAUUGAGGCCAAUGCGGAAAUGAAAGAAAUUGCAGUUCCACCCUCAUCCACUAGGGGCUGGUGUCAGAAGCAAGCAAAUCCUCAUUGACUCCCAUAUUAAUAAUACCAAUUUCACAGCAGAAAUAAACAUGUUUACAGCCUGGUACCAAAACAUGUUUUUGGUUUAAAUGAUCUAGUUUAUAUUCAUGACAACUCUGAGGGGGGUGAAUUUUUUCUCACUCUUCUGUUUAUUAUUAGUAUUAAAAGCCUAAAAUUCUGUAUAAUUAAUGAGCAUCAGACCCACGUGACCGCAGAGCUAGCUCCGGGGAAAUGCCUCAGUAGAGCCUCGGCCUCGCCUGAAAACUGUUCCGCCAUUUUCAGUCUCUCAACUUAGACCAUUAGUUGUGCAGUUUGUGUAUUCUUUUUUGGAUAUUUUUUGUGCAAUUGUUGGACAAAAUGACUUACUGUGGCAUUAAUUGCACUAAUAGAGCGUCCAAGGAGUCUCCACUUCAUUUUUUUUGGUGAGUAAAAUUAUAUUUAUGUAUUUUAGGUCACUGCCGAGCUGAGCUUAGAUUUUAACAUGCACUGUUUAACCAUGAAAUUUAAAUGUAAUAGGGUAAAACCCAGUGCAUUUAACAUAAUGUUGCACUUUAGAAAAUGGGUUGAAAUAUAACAUGUUGGUGGAGCUGGGUUACGACUAUCGGCUUGUGGAGCUCUCGGGAGACCGAUGUUUUCCACCCGUUUCUCCCCAGCGGUCAGCCCGCCGUAUCUCUGAUUCAGAAGCUCUGGUGUUGUGCACAGUUAACUCCGGUUGUAGCUAGGUUGCUACCUCCGUUAGCUUAGCUCCCACCUCCGCGUUAGCUUUGGGUUAGCUUCAGGUUAGCUUGUAGCUAGUUCGACCGGGUGUCGUCAGUCGAUCCCAGCCUUACAGCCCCACCCUCAGCUCCACCUCUCUUCCCUUUUGUGGAAUUGUCUGGGCUUGACGGAACCUGUGACACGGUCAAAAUGGCGGUGGUAGCCACCUCCCAUUUUUCUUCAAAAACGUGUUAUUGGAGUUUAUGGAAACCUAUUGUCCAUAUAUGUAUAUGUCGAUGGUUGGCCCUCAGCUUCCUGGCGUUUGUGUUACCGGUCACAUGGUUAAAGCGGGCCAGAACACCUUCAGUUGCUGUUUUCACCUGAAUUUAUAAACACUGUUUAUGAACAUGGUAGCUCUUUCGUUAUCACCAGCUGGCGUUUAUUAAUCCUGGCAGUGCGAAACGCCUGUCCACAGCUAUGUUUGACAAACUCUGAUCCAAGAUUAAUAAAGGACGUUCAUCUGCGACAACUGUUGUUUAAACAGCCUUCAUAAAUAAUGCAUCUAUUGGCAAGAAUAAGAAGACAAACUGAUCUGUGGAGAUAAACAUUCUCCCUGCUCUGCGAUCCUCAACAGAAACUCACGUGAACCUGUUCGGAUGGUUUGUGGUCUGAAGGUCAGGGCUGAACAGAUGCUCAAAAUCAACCGGCGCUUGGUGUCAGUAAAGAUUUAGACCCAAACUCUUGAUCAGGACAUCCCCGUCGACUGCCAUGAUGUCAAGUUAUCCACCGAGAGGCACAUAGACUCAUGCUUUAAAACGUUUUUAAAAUGAUAAACGCUUUAAGAAGGCUCACAAACAUUUUCAUUUGAUGUCAAACUAUCAGGGGACAUGACACUCAUGAUGCUAACAACCUGUGCUAGAGAAUAUUAAAAUUGCGUGGCAAAAAAAUCUGAAAUUACACAGAAUAAAACCACUAUAUUUGGCUACAGAUUAGCAGAUUUUUAAGUAAUAUUUUGUGACUGUACAUCCUAAUCCCAGCCAUCAGUAUGCAGAAUUCAUUUUUCAAAAUAAAAGACGGUGUUCUAAAUA